AGGAGCAAGAUUUGUCCGUCUGUGACCUCCUCAGCUCAUAGUCCAGUGGUCAAGACGGAAAAAACAAAACCAAACAAACAAAAAAGAGUCACACUAAUAAAUGUUCAGGUACAAACUGUGAUGGGGGCCAUGAACAGGGCAUGGUAAAUCUGGGAGGCCUCCUUGAGGAGGUGACACUUAGGCAGUGGCCUGAAGGAUGAGGAAUCAACUGAGGAGGGCAGUCAAGGCCAAGGCAGGAGGGAGGAGGAUCUUGGCUACUUGCAUGGGCAGAAAGGCCAGUGGGACAGGACCCGGGAAGGGUGGUGGGAGGAGAGAUCCAGAGGUGGCCAGGGACCCACCAAGGACAUCAUCAACUGCCGUGGCAGCUGGGAAUUUAUUCUGAGGACCCUGGGAAGGUGCUGGGAAGUUUUGGGCAGGGUACCCUGGCCUGAUCCCAUUUCUGUUUUGCAAAGAUUCCUCUGAAGAGUGGAUUUCAUGGGAGCGUGUGAGGAGCACAGGCUUUGGGGGAGGAUGGGGCUGUUGGUAGUUGUCCAGGUGAGAGAUGAAGGUAGGGGGUGUCAAGAAAGAAAGAGUGGAAAGGAUCUAGGUUGUUGGGGGUGUAGAGCAGGGGCUCUCAGUUGGCAUAGGGAGAGGCCUCAGCAUCUUUCUAGGUCCCUGGCUGUGAGUAAGCUGGCCCUUCUCCCACUUCUCUCCUCUGUCUUCCAAGGGAGCAGGAUCUGUCCCACCCUGUACCCUACCAGGCCAGUGGCCCCCACUGAGAUUGGCAAGGUGACAGCUGGGCUGAAGGCACUUUGCAAAAAUUAGGCCUAUGUCCACAGGUGUUCAUUGCCUGGGCCAAGACUAGGGAAGGUUUGAAGGUUUCAGAGAGAGCCACUGGUUGGACAGAUACACAGAGGCCUUUUGUCAAGGCCAGAGUGGUUUCCUGGAGGGAUGCCAUAGAGGCUGACCCCUCCCUCGAGGGCUUGGGGUAGAGGGAGUCUCAACACAGAGCCGGUGGCUCCAACAGGGGGAAGAACCACUGUGUGCCAGGGUUGGAUGAGGCUCCAAAAAUCUCCCCUAUAAGGAAGCAGUCCAGAGAUGUGGGGCACCUGGGCACACCACCUGUCUGGGGAUUCUAGGGCCUUCCCUUCACCACCCCAGUUAGUGGGGGGAUGGUCACUCUUGAUCUCAGAGGCUGUGUUUACAGCAAACUAUGAUAAAUCAUGAAUUCAGAGAUGGCUCUCAAAACAGUCCUAGUCGCCACUUCCCCCAUCCCCCAAGCGCUGGUGACCCUCUUCAUCCUGCCCCAAGUCUCUCCACCACAGGGGAACCUAUGGGGUAAAACUGUGACGUCCGCCUCUCCCCGACACAUAAAGAAAGAAACCCUGACAGUUAAUAUCCAUUUAACACAAAUUUCCUCCUCUGUGAUUUGGGGACAUUAUAGAGACCUUUCCUCCAAUGUGAGGAUUAAGCCAAACAAAGCACUUAAAGCCUUUAACACUGGGUCACUGGUUCCUGAUGACGACUGCUGUUAGCUCCCCAGGGAGUUCAAAGAGCCAAAGGGCACACCCGGCAGGUGGCUCUGACCGAUCUCAGCACUACACAGGGUGUGGGAGAGCCGGGAGGUGUGGCCAGGCCUGGCGGCACUUUGAUGGCUCUUCCUUCUCCUCCUCCACCCACCGCCAGACUCCAGCAGGAGGGCCUCAGGCCACAGUCCCAGCCCCAGCCCUUCCACUCUUUCUUUGCUUCUCCUCCCACCCAUGGAGCCCUGUGCUCCUGCCCCUCUACAGGCUAGGGGUGCGGUGAGGAAGCUGUGAAGGACCCAGUCACAGGCAGGGAAGUGCAGCAAGGACGUGGCAGGUCUGGGGCAUCGCCAGGGAAUUCCAAACCGUCUUCUGGGUACCCGAGGCCUCCCCUCCUCCCCAAGUAGGCAGGGAGGCAGUGGGACGCUUGACCACACCCGACAGACUCCAGAAACCUGUGACGGAGAUCUGGGGAAGCCACAGCGAUGGCAGGCCCCCGGCACCCGGUGUCUGUGAGCGGGGCAGCUCUGGUACAGACAGACAGGCUCCAGACGUUCGCCUUUUCCGUGUGCUGGUCGGAUGACAGCGACACCUUUGCACGAAGAAGCUGGGAGGAGUUCAGGAGACUCCAUAAAACCCUCAAGGAGACUUUUCCAGUGGAGGCGGGUCUGCUGCGGAGAUCUGACCGCAUUCUCCCCAAGCUUACAGAUGCAUCGUUGUUGGUGCACUGGGGCCGCACUGGCAGAGGCCUGGCACGCCUGCAGCUGCUGGAGACCUACUCAAGGGCGCUGCUGGCGACAGGGGAGCGUGUGACCCACAGCCCGGUGCUCACUGGCUUCUUUGCACCACAACCCAUGGACUUGGAGCCUGUGCUGCCAGCUGGCAGCCUGGUGAUCCUGCCUGCCCCACAAGAGCCCCUGCCAGGCCCCACAGGCAGCCCUGCCAUCCGCAGCCAGGAGGCUCAGAGCCUGCACUGUCUGCAGCCCUUCAGCACCCAGGACACAUGGGGCCAGCCCUUCCAUGCUCGGGCCCAGGAGGCCCUAGAUGUGCUGCUGCGACACCCCUCAGGCUGGUGGCUGGUGGCGAAUGAGGACCAGCAGAUGGCAUGGUUUCCUGCUCCCUACUUGGAAGAGGUGGCCCUGGGCCAGGGACGAGAUGGGGAAUGGUCCCUAGGGAGCAGUGGGUACCAGUUCUGUGCUUCCCAUUCCUACGAGAGCAGCCAAGCCGAUGAGCUGUCUGUGACCACAGGGGCACGCGUGCGUGUGCUGGAAACAUCAGACUGUGGUUGGUGGCUGUGCAGGUUCCAAGGCCGUACUGGUCUUCUCCCAGCUGCAAUACUGCAGCCUGACGGGCUGGGCACACUCCUCAGUGGACCAUGGCUCCACCUCAGGGUAGAUGGUGGUGAGGACAGGGAGGGCGAGGCCCAAAGCUCCCCCAAGUCCCCCCAGGCCACAACCCUGCCGCCUACCGUGCCUGCCCGACCAUCUCGGAGUGCCAUUCAGAGCUGCUGCUGCACCAUCACCUGUGAGGCACUGGGGCAGGACCCAGGGUGUCACGGACCCCCUUGAGAGUGUGUGGCAUGUUGUGGAGGGCUGCGCUGUGCACCCCACAGCUGCAGCGGCAGGCCAGAGGCUCCAGACCCCAAGGAUGGUGGCUGCCAGCCACAUCAGCCUCAGGGCUGUGGGAUGCGCAGUUGAGGGUGGGACUCCCUGGCUGGUGGGGCAAGGAGACUACACUCUCCCUUGUCUUCUGAGUAAAGUUCUCCUGACUG